AUGGCUGCUAUAAUUUUGCUAGAGAGUAGCUCGGUAAUGCUGGCACCGUGGCAUGGCCUCAGUGCCCGAAUCCAAGGUAAUAUUAGAAAUCCAGUGUUUGAGGAAGUACAUGGUGAGGACCUAUGGAGCUUUGGCCCAGCCAAUCCUAGUCACAACAAGCUUUUCAAUGAAGCAAUGGCUUGUGAUGCAAGGGUGGUUGUGCCUGCAGUGAUUGAAAGUUGUAUAGAGGUGUUCAAAGGGCUUGACACAGUAGUAGACGUGGGCACGGGUAAUGGGACUGCUUUGUGCUUGUUGGUUGAGGAGUAUGACCGCGUUGAGAAUGUUGGAGGUGACAUGUUUGAUUAUGUUCCAAAGGCUGACGCUGUAAUUAUUAAGUGGGUUCUUCAUGACUGGGAAGAUGAUGAGUGCAUCUCUAUCCUUAAGAAGUGCAGGGAAGCUAUUCCUGAGGACAAAGGGAAGGUGAUAAUCAUAGAAGCGGUUAUCGAUGAAAAAGACGAGAAAGAGGACAGCGAGCUAACAAAUGUGAGAUUGAUGCUAGACAUGGUGAUGAUGGCCCAUACUAAUACAGGAAAAGAAAGGACCUUGAAGGAAUGGGGGUAUGUUCUUGAUGAUGGCCCAUAA